CUGUGAUUGGAGCGAUAGCCAUGUUGCGUGUGUGUCUGUGUGUCUGUGCUGUUGUGUGGAGACUCCCAAGCCGGACUGUCAGACACUUCCCCGUUCUCUUCUGGCUCGUCACUGUUUGUGCAAACAAGCAAAAAAAAUGCUGUAAACCGACAUGCCCUCACCGCUGCCUGCCUGCCUGCCUGCCUGCCCGUCUGACUAUCGCUGCCUCUUUCUCUCACCACCCGCCAGACUGCGCACCCAUUCCACCCGUACACCCGCCAGCUCCGCCAAUGAGAACGCCCGCUUUUCGCAACACGUCGCCAAAACAGGCCCUCUCGCUCUCGCGCUUAGGUAAGCGGGGGCCCGUCUGCU